AUAAGCACAUGCAACUCAACUUGUUCAUCAACCCAAAACCCUCCCAAGCUUCAUCACUAAACCCCUUACCCGCCAUUAAUCCACCAGCCACCCCCUCUCCCUCUGUCGCUGUCCGUCUCUCUGAAUCUCAUCUUUGCUUCGAAGUUCCAACAAAAAAGUGAAAAGGAUGGCCACGAAUAUAUCCUCCACGGGAAACCUCAUUUCUUUUAUACAAAAACGUUUUCUAUUAACAUCAGCAGCAGCAACAGUAACACUUUCUCCCAACUCUCCACUACCCACUACUACUAGUUGUAGCUCCUCCUCCUCUUCUUCUACGGCCCAAUUCCUCGUCAAUUCAUGCGGUCUUUCUCUGCAAUCUGCUCUUUCAGUUUCUAAAAAGUUCCAAAUCCAUGAGAAUGAUCUCCAUAAGCUCCGAUCUGUUGUCCAAUUCAUGAAAGCUCAUGGUUUUAGCGAGACCCACCUGGCCAAAUUGAUCCAAAGUCGGCCAGGAGUUCUCCAUUGCAGAGUAGAAGGUAAUCUCAAACCCAAAUUUGAAUUUCUCACAGAGAAUGGCGUUGUGGGUCAGCUUCUGCCAGAGCUCAUUUUAUCAAAUACUCAUAUUUUAAGAAGGGGUUUAGAUUCUCAAAUUAAACCAUGUUUUGAGUUUUUAAAGUCUGUUCUUGGUUGCAAUGAGAACGUUUUGGUGGCUCUUAAACAUUCUUCUUGGCUGUUGACGUUGCGUUUGAAGGGCACUAUGCAACCAAAUUAUGAUUUGUUGAUAGAAGAGGGAGUGGCUGUUGAUAGGAUUGCUAAACUGAUUAUGAUGGACCCAAGAGCCAUACAGAAUAAGCGUGAUAAAAUGAUUUCUACAGUGAGUACUCUCAAGGAUUUAGGCCUUGAACCAAAUGCUCCUGUUUUUAUACACGCUCUUAGAGCGAUGUUAUCUAUCAGUGAAUCGACUCGGAAGAAGAAAAUUGAGGUGCUGAAGAGUUUGGGUUGGAGUGAGAAAGAUAUUUGGCAUGCCUUUAAGCGACAUCCUCUUCUUUUGGGAUAUUCAGAGGAGAAAAUCAGGGCUGGGAUGGAUUUUUUUGUGAAUACAUUGAAGUUGGGAUUGCAACAUGUGAUUGCCUGCCCCCAGCUUCUUACUUAUUCUAUUGAUAAAAGGUUGCUUCCCAGGUAUAAUGUUUUAAAGAUUUUGGAGUCAAAGAAGCUGAUUAAAAAGGAUUUGAAGAUUAAGAAUUUGCUUAAAAUAAAUGAGAAGGAAUUCUUGAAGAAUUAUGUUUACAAGUAUGUGGACGAUAUUCCAGGGUUGUUGGAUUUAUAUGGAGGAGCCGACAAAGCAAAAAAGAUACACUUGAUGACGGAGAAGUAAGUUUUGUUGUCCAAUGCACAAUGUGAUUUAAUUCUAGAUUGCUCUCAGCCUUCUUAAUCAGAGAUAGCGUUGUGGUUAGUCGUUCCAGUUUACAUAACUUAUUUUUUAGGAGUAUUGUGAGUUCAUUUCUUAUCCAUUUGGGUGUUGAUUUCUAUUGAGCCACUGUCACAAGUUCUUUAACAACCAUUCCUGGUUCUUGAUCGUUCCUAAGUAUUUUUUGUCACCCCUUAGCGUUUUAUCUCACUGCAAUGUCGUGGAAGCUCAAGAAAGCUCUCCUUUUAUCAUCGAUCAUCAAUGUCCACAAUAAUUACAUAUUCAUGUUCAAACAGCCCCUGAAGGGAUUUCCUACA